UAGUGCUCCCACACUGUGAAUAUUGCUAGGUGGUGUGCACGCUUGCGCACAUUGUCUUCAGACAGGUUUCCUGCCAGAUGGUGUCCGCAAAAGACCAGCAGGCGACUCGCGUUGUAUUAAGGAGCAACAAGAGAGUGGAGCAGUUUGGCGAAUCGAAAUACAACUUUUAUUUCACACAAUAGAUUUGGAAUUGGAACACAUCGUAUGUAAGUACGACUCGCAAGUUCAGUCUAUUUUCGGGGCCUUAAAAACCCGAUGAACGUGAAGGAUCUGGAAGGACAGAAACAGAAAAGAAAGGUGUGAUACCGGAAACCUCUUGCCAAGACUCCUUUGCUAUUUUGAUACCCGAGUUGUCCAGGGAUUUUGGAGGAGCUUAUGAGGAAAACAGUGCCUUGUGAAGACGACUGAGCAAGACCCAUAAAGGAGGAGAAGGGGAAGCUGAAAUAGCCAGCAGUAACCAUGAGAUCAAUCCGAUCAUUUGGGAAUGAUGACCGCCAUGUUAUGGCUAAGCACUCCACAAUUUACCCCUCAUCAGAAGAGCUUGAAGCCGUCCAGAACCUGGUCUCCACUGUUGAGUGCGCAUUGAAAAAUGUUUCAGACUGGAUGGAUGAGAUCAACAAGACACCACUUCAACGAGAGGGUGCUGAUGAGGAGAAGGAGACCAAGAACGAGGACUCUGCUGAGAGCAACACAAAUGAACAGAGCUGUGGAACGUUGUGUGGUGUGUUGAGAAUUGGCCUGGUUGCUAAGGGUCUGCUGAUAAAGGCUGAUAUGGACCUGGAGCUGGUUCUCAUGUGCAGGGAGAAACCCACAGAGACCUUGUUAUGCACAGUCUGCGACAAUCUUCCUGUACAAAUCCAGAAACUUACAGAAGAUAAAUACGAAGUGGAAAAAUGUUUAAACGAGGCUGCUAUCAUGGUCUGCAAUACAAAAGAUCCUAAAUUAACACUGAAAGUGAUUCUAACGUCACCGUGCUUGAGAGAAGACAUGGACAACAAAGAAGAAGAAAAUGUUGCGCUGAAAGAUCCUGCGGACUUAUUGGACAGGCAGAAAUGCCUGAGCGCCUUGGCGUCUCUGCGACAUGCCAAAUGGUUUCAGGCAAGAGUUAAUGGAUUAAAAUCAUGCGUAAUAGUACUCCGUAUUCUGCGUGAUUUGUGCAACAGACUGCCCACAUGGGAGCCAUUAAAAGGAUGGCCCCUUGAGCUCAUUUGUGAAAAGGCCUUAGCUACUUGUAAUAGACCGCUUGGAGCUGGUGAAGCCCUGCGUCGUGUCAUGGAGUGUAUAGCCUCUGGCAUUCUUCUUCCUGGUGGGCCUGGAUUACAUGAUCCAUGUGAAAAAGAACUAACGGAUACCCUGUCCAAAAUGACAGCACAGCAGGGAGAAGAUAUUACACAAAGUGCUCAGCAUGCGUUAAGGCUGUUGGCCUUUGGGCAGAUUUAUAAGGUACUAGAAAUGGAUCCUCUGCCUACAAAUAAACCUUCCCAGAAGUAUUCUUGGGCAGACAGAGAAGGUACAGCCCUUAAGAGACCUUACGAAGAUGGAUCUGGGGAUGACAAAGAUCUUAUUAAAAAGAUGAAGCGUAACAUAAGAAAAAUUCUUGACAGCAAAGCAAUAGAUACCAACCAGCCAAUGAACGCUCUAAUGAGGCUGAACCAAAUCCGACCUGGACUUCAGUACAAGCUCUUAUCACAGUCUGGUCCCGUUCAUGCACCUGUCUUCACAAUGUCUGUAGAUGUGGAUGGAACAAUAUACGAAGCCUCAGGGCCAUCCAAGAAAACCGCCAAACUUCAUGUAGCAGUAAAGGUUUUGCAGGCAAUGGGUUACCCAACUGGUUUUGACACAGAUAUGGACAGUAUGAGCGCAGAUGAAAAAUCAGACGGUGAAGGAAAAAAUGAGACUGUGCCUACAAACUCGAACAAUAAUACAGCAAACUCCACAACAGACAGCUCCAAUACACUGGAGGUACGAACUCAGGGUCCUAUCCUUACUGCCAGUGGCAAAAACCCAGUCAUGGAACUGAAUGAAAAAAGAAGGGGUUUAAAAUAUGAGCUUAUAUCAGAGUCCGGUGGGAGUCACGACAAACGGUUUGUAAUGGAGGUGGAAGUUGAUGGACAGAAAUUCAAAGGAGCAGGGCCUAACAAGAAAGUUGCGAAGGCCAGCGCGGCUCUGGCUGCCCUUGACAAACUCUUUUCCGGACCGAAUGCAGCAGGCAUUAAGAAAAAGAAGAUUAUUCCACAGACUAAAGGGGCUGUAGCCACAGCAGCAUCUGUAGCUGCUCAGGUUGCAAGGGGGAGAGGGAGAGUGGCUCUGCCCAGGGGAGCCUUUGUCAGUGCUGCUGCUGCUCCGGGAUAUGUGACCCCAGGUUACGGGACACCCUAUGGAUACAGUGCAGCAGCUGCCGCUCCUGCUUACGGUGGUUUUUUCAUUGACAAUCCCUUUUACCAGCCUCGGACCAUCGCACCUUUUAUUAUUCACUUGGGUCCUCAAGAUUUCUUCUCUGACUUCUAGAACCAUCAGGUUGUGUGUCUCAGAACCAAGUCUUUAUUCACUUGUCUUACCAGUCCUGACCUAAACGAAACACAAACAAACAUAACUCCUUCAGGUCAUUAAACUGGCACAAAUGUAGACAACAGCUAUAUUUUAGCAUUUCCAUAAUGUAUAUCUCCCAUACAAAAAGGUAAAGCAAUACUUAAUUUGACUUCCAGCUUAACUUAAUGCUGAACUCUCUUUGUUAUAUAGCAAUACUCUUGAAUUUUAGCUAAAGCUUACUUGAAACCAUGUGAAUGUUUUGAAUUCAAAGUCUGAUAGAGCACUAUUUAACUUGGAUUGUAUGUUGCCUAGUAUGUGUAUAUAGAAAUAUAUUUUUUGUCCGGAUUAACCACUUCAGUGCCGCAAUCUAUAUGUACCCAUACAUUAAGGGGAUCGCUUUUGCUGCAGACUUUUAAAACCAUUUUAAUACGCCAUGAAACAAAUAAAUGAAUGCAAUAACCCAUAUACACUGUACAAGAAAUGUAUAAUACAGAAUGUUCAGUUUCUACUCUAGCUGAAGAGAUUAUUAAUAUUACAUCAACACAAGGGACAUUACUUUUUUCAUUAAAAAAAUGCAGAGAUUAAAAAACAAAUACAUUUGAAACCAUUUUCUCAUAAAUCAAUGGUUGUUUUUUUAUUUAUGAAUGUAUUUUAUUUCUCUGCUACACUGAGCCUUGAAAUUCAUACUGUAGCUCUUUUUAAAAAUGUAUUGAGCACAACACCCCCAGGUUGUACUUGCUGUAUUUUAUUGGUACACGGGGGCUAUGUAAAUGCACAAUUAAGGGAACAUUUUGCCAGAACAUUGAGUUCCUCCACCACGAAAAAGCACAUAUACCAUCAGUAAGCACCUCUUUGGAUUUAUAUGUGACGCUUGCACGACACAUUCAUCUAGGUUUAAUAUUUUAUAAAUGCAGGCUUGUUUCAGUGUUUUGUACAAAAUAAAUUGGCUACAUGACAUGCUUUUAUAUACAGUAUUAGAUACCUAUGCUUCCCAAAAUACAUGUAUCCUUAAAUAAGCCAGUUUCAUAGAGUUGUAGUUCUUGGAUCUUGAGCAUUAUGAGUUUGUACCCUUAUGAUAGAAUACAAAAUAGUAGCAUCCUGACAAGCUUGGUGACAAAUGUGUAAUGUUACCAACUGUGCAGACUCUGAAUACAUCAUUGUAAUCUUUCCUCAUAAAUGUGCAAUUCUUCAUUACAGUGCAGUGCUGCUGCAGUUAUACACAGUAGUAUACAAGACUUGAAUUGACACACAAAUGUAUUACAAAGAUAUAUUUUAUCUAGCUCCCCCCUCCCCAAUACACCGGAAAACCUAAUUUAUGACAUGGAAGCUGCUUUUGGGUAGAAUUAGAUUUAUUGCUAAUACUGUUUGAGGAAACAAGUCAUUUUGAAGCAUAACGUUACACCCAACUUAAUAUGCAAAAUCCAUUACUGCAAUAUCCUCAGACAAAGAUUCUUUUAAUUCAAGCCAUUGGUAUUUUGCAGAGACGAGGAUUCUGAAUAAAGAACGUUGUUCAAGUUGUCUUAUUUUCUUAAUACCUUAUGUUAGCAGUUCAACCUAGAUUUAAACAAUCUUAUUUUCUGAAAAUGGUUUUACAGUUUGCUUAUUGUCCUAUUAAUGCAUUCUAUUUGAGUCUUCCAUCUAUUGACACGCCAAACAGAUACCUUGUUUUUAACUGCUUUUCCAAACAAAUGCUGAAGUGAUUCAUUCUGACAAAAGUAUUCAUUUGUUUUCGGUUUUAAAAUACAUUUAUUAAAUUGGAACACUGCAAACUGCUGAAAACAAGUGUUUAAAACAUGUAGCUUUGUACCAUGAACAACUAUAAUUACCAAAUGCUUUGUUUUUUACUUGAACAGUGUAUGAUCAUGUACAAUGUUGGCUAAUAAUACCUCGGCAACGAAAGAUAUUCAAAUUUCUACAUCUCCUCAUUCAACAAUAGGAAUUGAAAAUUGGUUUUAUUAAAGCACUGCUUUUAAAAUAUAUAAACAGACACAUUGGAUUUAGAUAUAAUAAUGGUAGAUAUUGGUUAGCCAAUACCAUGUCUUUUCCUGACCAGCUUGAAAUGACUAUAGUACUAAGCACACACUAUUUGGACCAAAUUAGUCACAUUUAUUAAAAACGCAUAACGUAUGACAUUGAGUUUGAGCCAAUACUCGUGAAAAAAGGUCAUUGGUGUAAAAAAGAGCAGUGUUGAAAUGGAGAAUAUUUAACCCAAAUAUAUGAUGCAAUAGUCUUCACUGCUUCACCUAAUAUAUUACAGCAAGGUGAUGUUGGAUCAAAAAGGUAACAUUAAGAUAUUAAGCUCUGUUUCUGUGUGUCAACCAAGCCUGCAGCAUUCUACCACUGAGCUGGGUCAAUGCCAGAUCUGUCCGAGAGCAGCUUGUUUUAAUAUGUUAUUGUUCCUUUUAAAAUCCGUCUCAGGACCCCAACAUUCAAUUAUCUGUGCUCCUCUGAAAGCCAUUAACCAACCAAGGAAUGGUUUUCUUAAAACAGGACUUGGAAUGUAAACAAUAAAGACUCGUUCUCAUGACUGUGUGAUCCAUUCCAGGUCUUACUGCACACUUCAUUAGACAUGCUCUUUAAUACUAAAGCUCAUAGGAAAACAUGUAAUGGCUCAAAUGGCUCAGAAAAUUUGAGACCUGACAUUUUAAAGGAACAGAAGUGUAUUAAUGUAGACCACCCCCUAGUUUGGAAUGCUGCCUUUUAAAGCAAUCUCUAUAUAAACCCCUGCCUUUCCAUUGACCUGUAGCUGAAGCAUGUCGUGAGGAUUUAGUCUAAGAAUAACACUGUACUGCUUCUUAAUUGUAUUAGAGUGAUGGACGUUGAUGGAAUGGAAGUAAAUAUUAGAGGCAAGAUAAAAUAGAUAGAAGAUCCUUUGUUAUGCAGCACCCUCUUUAUAUAACGUCAGAUUGUUAUUGUGGAGUGUUAAACCACUCUUCUGGAUCAGUUUCAAGCCCUGUCAGUUAACUUUUUGUUUCGGCUAUUAGUUCAUUAAAAUGGAAGUGAAAGGAUGUAUACAUACCGUAACCCCCUCCCAAAAAACAAACAAACAAACAGUUAGAUGUACACAUGUAUUGUACUGUUUUAAAAGCUACGCAUUUGUGUAUUUACUAUUGAAUUACAUUUUGCAAGGCGGUCUACACUCCCCUCCCUGCCUCAGCUUUUUCAAGUGAUACAAUUAUUCUAUCCCGUGUUUGUUAUAAAUAUCUGUGUUCAAGGUUAUUUAAUAAUGCAAGUCUAAUAUGACAUGCAUUUCCUAAUAAAAUUAGUUUGUCCUUAAAGCUUUAGUUUUAGGGGAAAGGGGUGUUUGUUGGAGGAACCAAACCAUUUCAUUUAAAACUGCUGAAUUAUUCACUGGUCCAUUUAAGGAUUCAAUAAUUAAUUGCAAAUUUGUUUUUGUGUUACGUUUUCAUUUCUUCAUUUUACAAUAGAAUGAUUUUGCAGGAAACUUAAAAGCUAACAAGUGACUUCAUACAAAUGUUCAUUGUCUAAUUAUAUACCAUUCUAAAAUAUAAAUAGAUAUUUUUUUAUUGAUAUUGUUUAAAUGUUAGUCUGUAAAUAGAAUAUGAAAAUGAACCCUAAAUUCAGUUUUAUUUUGCAUAAAAUGUUUAUUUACUAAAGCCCUGAUACAAAUGCUCAUUUGUUUGGUUUUAAAACUUUUAUUUUUCAAAGCUAUUUCUAUUAUUUGAAUUUUUUUGAUGUCCUUGUUUUUUUUUAAAUCUAAUUUGCUUAGUGUUAAAUGGUGUCCCAUAAAAGGACUGUAUAUUUUCAUUAAGUUGUGUGGAGAAGGAUUCAAACAAUGCAUUAACCAGGGACGUUAUUUUGAUUUACUGUAAAUAAGAUAAGCAUGCUUGACAAUAAGUAAUAACAGCAAUAAAGGUGCACACUUUCUGUUAAAUAAAAAAAUAUAUAUACAAUUACAUUGGUUUUUAAAAAAUGAUAGUUAUGAAACUCAAUUGCUUUCUUAUAUGAUCAGUUUAAUUUGUUUGCAUAUGAAAAACGAUAUACGGUUUAACACACACCUUAAUAAACACAUUUAUCAAUUUUUAAAAUUGUGCUGUGUCACCAGAACAAACCAGAUGGAAUUGGAUCACUUCUACUGAAGCACAAAUCCAGAUUUAGCAAUAUUUCCCUCAGGGUUCAAGGUGGAAAAGCUGAUCACUGAUAUUAACCAGGAGUUUAACUUUUCUGUGUCCCUGUAAUGCAGCUGAGGUAUACAACAGUUUAGUUCUUAUUUGCAUGCAAACAAGUAGAAAUAUAUUAGGAAGUGACUAGAUAGAUAGAUACAUACAUACAUAGAUGUGGAAAUGGAUAUUGAAAGAAUAGCAAGUUUGUCUAAUGCUAGGUCAAAUUGCUUCCCCAGUAUUCUGAACUUAGUCUAUAGGUUUUCAAUACAAACCAUUAUUUGAAAUGCAUGAAUAUGUGCAUUACAACAUAUAUUAAACGCUGGUCUGCCACGCCACAAAGGGCUUUGCAGUGACUGCUGAUUGCACACCUUACAGUUAAGGACUGAGGUGGUGAAUCUCGAGGUAUUUUGAUGAUUUGUUUUAAUAAGAGCUGUGGAUCCUGCAGGUGCUUUUUCAAUCGCACUGCUGUUAAAUUACAGGAGGUGUGGGAUUUCUCCACUUCAACCUUUUUGUAGUUUUAAAAACCUAAUCGCUAAAAAUAAAGACUUGGGCCAGAAAUGUACUGUUUGUGUCCGUUUAUAAAUAUUAUAAAGUUAUAAAAUGUUAUCUUGUUCCUGAUUAGGUUAAGCAUUCAUAAUUUAAGUUCUGAACUUCAAAUAUUAUCCAAGACUUGCAGCACAGAAAACUGGCUGGCUGGUAAAGGCAUACAAAUGAUACGUGUUGGAGUUGGAAUGUUUAUUUGAAAGAACCGGAAGUAAGCCUUUAGCACUUGCUGCGUAACUUGCAUAUGAUCAUAGCUUGUUUUGAAUGUACACUUUACUAGUGGAAUGUAUGAAUGUAGAAAAAAAGAGCUACAUCCAUUUUAUAAAAAAUAUAUAAACAAGCUUUUUACAACAGUAUUUAUGAAGUAUGAAUUAUUGAUUGGGCCUUUGAGCCUGUUGGUGUUUACACUUUAUUUUGAAGUUUGCGACAGUGGAGUUUUCAUGUUCACACCUCAAUACAUUGUGCAGUGGUGCAUUCAUUAUUGCUGUAAAUAUUAUUUUUCAGUUCGUUUUACGUAUAUGUUGGUGAAACCAACAAGACAGAUCUGGUUUACCUGGCUUGCUCUUAUUAUAAAAUUAUACAGAGGAUGGGUCCUCUUGAAUUAACUCUGAAAAAAAAGUAGAAAAUGUGAAAUGGUGAUUGUACGCAAGUUUUGUGACUGAAAUGCGCUUUAGUAAAAGCAGUUUUUAGUGGUUAAAUAGAUUCAUGUUUGCUAGUUCUAUGUAAUGAAACUAAUAGUAGAAAAUCACAAUGGCGAUCUGCUCUUUGUCACUGUUAUCUGCCAUAAUUUAUGCUUGAACAUUUAAAGUGCUGAUUCACUUGAAAGUGUCAACAUUUUCUUAAAACAAGAAAAUAAAAGCAGAAUGUUAAAGAA